CAUCAAACUGAACUAUAAAACAACCUCACUACUAGAUUAAGCAACGAACAUAAACUAAACUACUUUACUUUCAGAUUUUGCAGAAGUAACUAAUUUCAACAACUUAGAGGCAUAGUUUGUCCAAUCUUUGGCUCUAUUUCAUUUGUAAUCAUGUUGAAGCCUACGAUGGGUAAUUGGAUGGUACUGAUCAAAAAUGGAUUCGGAGGAGGAGGAGGAGGUAAAUCGGCAUACACAACGUCAACUGUACCAAAAAUGAAAGCAUAUGCUCCACCAGCAUCUGAUUAUGGACACAUUCAUCACGGACAACAACAUGGGAAAGCAUCUUCCAAGUCAACAAAACAAGACUUCGUACCAAUUUACGUUGCUGUUGGAAUGAUAGCUUUGUCAACAAUGUUGGGUAUCCACACAGCGUGGCAAAACCUAAGGAAUAAUCCAACCGUGCGUGUGAAGAAACAAAGGAGAGAGACUGUUCCUGAAGUAGUGGAACCCGAUCAUGUUAUGGAGGAAUCUGAUAGAUUCUUUAAGAGUUCAUUCUUUAGGAAAAUUGCACAUGUUCAGGAACGUAGUUAUCCUGAUCAUAACCAAGUUUCUAGUCCGAUUCACAGAGAUGCUUUUGCUUAUCAACCUCGUGCUGAGACUCUUAAGUCUGUUGGUGUUGAUCCAUCUCAUGUGUGACUGUCACUCUUAUUAAUUACUCAAGGUUCUAAUUUUGUAAAAUUAUUUCCUUUUAAUGUUGUUAUUGUGGAUAAAUAAA